AUGGGGAGAAUGGAAAGGAAUGCGCUCGACGAGCACGAGCGCAAAAUCAUCAUUGAAUUUUGUCAUUUACUCGAGAAAUCCAAGCAACUUUUUAAUGGACUAAGAGAACUCCCACAAUAUGGCCAUAAACAGUGGCAUUCCUACUUCGGCCGUACUUUUGACGUAUACACAAAAUUAUGGAAAUUUCAACAACAACACAGAGCUGUACUGGAUUCUAAAUACGGACUCAAACGUUGGCAAAUUGGCGAGAUAGCCUCGAAGAUCGGCCAACUUUACUAUCACUUUUACCUCCGGACAAGCGAAACUAAUUACCUCAACGAGGCUUUCUCCUUCUAUUACGCCAUCAGAGGCCGUUGUUAUUACACAAAAGCGUGCAAGGAAGAUAAAUGCGAACUCAUGGUUAAAAAAUUAAGAUACUAUGCUAGAUUCAUAGUAGUAUGUCUACUAUUAAAGAAAAUUAAAUUAGUUAAAGAAUUAAUAAAAGAAUUAGAUAGACAAAUAGUAGAAUAUGGAAAUACUUACGACCCUGAUGACCAGAUAGAGUGGACCGUAGUCGUUGACGAAGUCAAAGCGUUUAUUCAAGCGGAGCCAAUUGUAUCAGUGAUACAUCCGGACAAUUAUCCUGUUGUGCUCUCACAUAGACUUUGUCCUGUUACAACACCUCCCGUGGAACGAUCGCCUCAGAUGAACCUAACCCUCUUAGAGGUCCUGAUUGUCGGAAGCAGCUCACAGCAAGUGAAAUUCUCAGAACUUACUAUGGACAUGUUUAGAAUGCUGCAAACCUUAGAGCGAGAACCAUCAGGAGAGAUACAACACAUGUAUGAUGACUCCCCGCGGCAACGGUUCAUAUCCACUCCAAACGCUCCGACUGCGAAAGGGUACAAUUUAGAAAAUGGACCGAGGACUUCAAAGGAUAACCCUCACAAAUAUUUACUUUUCAAACCAUCCCCCAGUCAGGUUCUUGUGUACUUGGCUAGUGGAUGUAACGAUUUGCCACCCGGAGGAGCCUUGCUUCUCUACAUCUCGGCAGAUGGACAAAUCGUACAAUCGUCGAAACACCCCGAAGAUCUGGGCUACGACACUGGUGGAUUGAUAACGACUUCAAAAACGGACAUUUAUAGGGACUGCAAUAAAGAUCCCAAAGCAGGUCCGCCACCAAACAAACAUAAGGAGCUGCAAUGCUUGCAUCCUGGUGAUUUACAUCCCUUCACGAGAAGACCCUUGUUCAUGAUCAUUGACUCAGACAACUCGUAUGUGUUUCAACACAUUCCGCGCCACUUUGGACAGCCGUUGGUCAUAUUGAUGUCGCCGUUGGAAUUACCGGCACCAUUCACUGAUCGCAGACAGCAAGGCAGUUUGUUCACGCUGUUCCUGCAUUCGCCGCUGACUGCAAUCUGCUAUCUUUGUGACAUCCAUACAAUGCCUUUAGUUCACUGGGAUCGGGGACAAGUACUAGUUGAUACAUUUAUGGGAGAAGCGUCGACCCUCAUUACUCGAACCCGCAUUGACAUCAAUUAUCUAGUAUUUAUGGGUGACGACUUCCUCCGUCUUUUGCUGCUCCGUUUCAUCUUCUGCGAAGUAACAUUGCGCCUGCACCGGUCAUUCCGUGCGCGCACGCAUCUGCCUCGGUCGUCUCCCCCCAUACCUGAAGACAUCCUUGAACACCCGACGCUAAUACACAUAAUCUUGGAUGUAGCAGCUCAUUUACAGGUACGCAGUCACUUCCACGAUCCAUCAGCGGGGGGCGGCGGCGGCGGCGGGAUGAAUUCAACGUGCGAGUGCUUGUUAACUAAAAACAUUAAGUACGAAGCAAAAGUACAGUGGCGGACAGAAGUAACUGCAGAAACACAAUAA